GAGGACAUUGCACUUUCCGUUGUAGCAUCCUAUUUCACUCAAUCUGUCAACACACCUUCUAAUAUUGCAGACCACAUCGCGCUCUCCAAAAUGUCUCUUCUUCCCAGAGAAGGACUGACCCUCGACUUCCUCGCCAGCGGCAUCCGGAAAUCCCUCCUCAAUCCCAACCUAACCCUCCCCGCAGCCCUCGGCAUCCUCCUCUCCACCACCUCCCACUGGCCCUCCACCCUCGAACGCAUCCCCAUCUCCCUACCACCCUGGGCCAAGGCAACCGCCUACUCCCUCGCCGCAACCAGCGCCCUCCUCUCGCUCACCGAGCACCUCAACCACGGAUUCGCCAACAACUGGACGUCGGACCCGUCCUGGGACUGGUCGCGCGAAAUCGUGCUCAUCACGGGCGGCAGCAGCGGCAUCGGCGCGACCGUCGCGCAGAAGCUGCUGCGCGCCCACCCGGCCACGACGCUGGUCAUCAUCGACUUUGCGCCGCUGGCAUGGACGCCGCCACCGCCACCACCAGCGGAGGGGGGGAGAGUCCGCUUCUUCCAGUGCGAUCUGAGCGAUGCCGCCGCGCUGAGGAGGGUGUGCGACGCCGUGAGGACCGAGGUUGGCGAUCCGACCGUGCUGGUGAACAAUGCCGGGUUGUGUCGGGGGUUUUCUGUCACGGAGGGGACGUAUGCGGAUAUCGAAGUCACGGUGAGGACGAAUCUAGUCGCGCCAUUUUUGCUGGUCAAGGAGUUCUUGCCGGCGAUGGUGGAGAAGGAUCACGGCCAUAUCGUAAAUAUCAGUUCAAUGAGCGCGGUGAUUCCCCCGGCCAGGAUGGCGGAUUAUGCGGCUACAAAGGCUGGACUGGCUGCUCUGCACGAGUCGCUUCAGCUGGAGUUGAAGAACAUCCACGGCGCCCGACGGGUCCGUAUGACACUCGCCAUGUUCAGCUUCAUCCGGACGCCGCUUCUCAGGGGGGAGACGCGCCAGUGGAACUUCUUCUUCCCGUUGUUGCAUGUCGAAACGGUGGCUGAAGCCAUCGUCGAGGCACUCUUGAGCGGCCACGGCAGGACUAUCUACCUACCCAAGAUCAUGAGAUACGUGUCUAUCCUGGUACGAUGGCAUUCCCGGAAGGCACUUAUUUUGCAAGAGACUAAUCAACUAUGGCUGAACUAGCGAGGUGGGCCUGAGUGGCUGUUCCGGAUUGCUAGAGAUUCUACAAAGUCGUUGGGCGUGGACUUUAAAGGACGACAGGAAAUUGAUCCCGAGACCGGUGCGCUGCGUGCAGCAUGAAUCACCAAUUAAUGGCUGAAUAACGAGACUCCACGAGAGCGUAGUUUACUUCAUUAGGACCAAUCUGGAUUCUAGAUAAUGUUGAGUUCUAUC